AAUCCAGAGCCUUACCACACAUCUUUCCUAUCUGGUCGGCAGUGGGUCCAGGACCUCCUCAAUGACCAUCGCAACCGGAUGAAAGACAGUCUAGGAACCCCAGCUGCUGUGUUUCGGAGGCUAGAAGAGGAACUCGUCCAUGCUGGCGGCCUUCGGUGA